UAGUCUCCAGACCACCAACACCUGCAGCCAGGAAUUUCUCUCCUUUCUUAGCACACUCCGUCCCUGGUACCCACGGUUGAAGGAGAGGAGUGUUUUAUAGCACUCGGGUCUACACAUUCACGCCCAAUGGAUUGAAACUAAGGGCAGCCUCUCCCUACGUUUGAAACCCACCUUCUACGGUUGCAUCAAAUGGGCGAAGGCUCCCUAGACUCCAAGGGUGCACGGAGAACCUCUUUGAUAUCGGUCCACAAGAGCCUAUCCCUGCCCCCUCCUGCUCCCUACGAUCCCGAUCCCCUCAGCACUCACGAAGUCGAACCCUUCACCACCUACAGGAAGAAUAAAAGUAGACACGAAGAGGGGGCCCAUUACAGCGAGGGAGAGCACAGGCACCUACAAGAGGAGGAUCAGGAGAAGGAGGAACGGGAUCCUCUCCUGACGGGAAUUGGCGCCCGAUCCGAUCGUUCCCGCCAUUCCUCUUUUGCUGAAAGCGAGGUGCUUGAAAUGGAUUUCCUCGCCUCGGAUGACGAUCUCAACGAUGACGAGGAAACCGGAUUGACCGCUAAGGAGCGCAGACAGAGAUGGAAGCAACGCAAACGACAUCGUCGGGAACUAGAUGCUAGAAUCGUCGAGGUCAAGAUCUCUGAGGAUGGCCGCCGGCUGGCGGAUAGGGCAGUGAUCAAAAGACUAGGCAUAAAUGCGAUAUUGAUUGGAUCGUGGUAUAUAUUUUCGUUGUCGAUAUCAAUUUAUAAUAAAUGGAUGUUUUCAUCCGAUCACCUUAAUUUUCAAUUCCCCCUCUUCACAACCGGCCUACAUAUGGCUGUGCAAUUUACCCUAUCCUCUAUUGUGCUCUACCUUGUCCCCUCGUUACGACCACAUAACGCAUCCUCAUCCGCCCAUUCCGCCAUUACUGGCCAGCCGCCGAAGCCCUUGGUGUCGAAACAAUUCUACUUCUCCAGACUUGUCCCCUGCGGAGCCGCUACAUCUUUAGAUGUGGGACUGGGCAACAUGUCUCUCCGAUUCAUCACUCUCACAUUCCUAACUAUGUGCAAGUCAUCCUCCCUCGCAUUUGUCCUUCUCUUCGCAUUUCUCUUCCGUCUAGAGACUCCCUCUCUAAAGCUCAUUCUCAUCAUCGGCACCAUGACCAUCGGGGUUGUAAUGAUGGUGGCAGGAGAAGCAGCAUUCAAUGCCCUCGGCUUCAGUCUCAUCAUCGCAUCUGCAUUCUUCUCAGGCUUUAGAUGGGGUCUAACCCAAAUCCUCCUUCUCCGACAUCCUGCAACCGCAAACCCUUUCACCAUGCUCUUCUUCCUCACCCCGAUAAUGUUCGUUUGCCUCAUAACCCUUGCACUCGCCAUUGAAGGAGCUGGCGAAAUCAUCGAGGGCAUCGGCAUCCUGACAGCAAAUGGCAUCCUGCGCGGUAUCGGCAUCCUCCUUUUCCCCGGCUGCCUGGCUUUCUGCAUGAUCGCCUCAGAAUUCGCGCUCCUCAAACGCUCCUCAGUUGUUACUCUGAGCAUCUGCGGCAUUUUCAAAGAAGUCAUCACCAUCAGCGCCGCCGGCCUCGUCUUCCACGACCCAUUGACCCCAAUCAACAUCUCCGGGCUCAUCAUCACCAUAGGCGCCAUUGCCUCGUACAACUACAUGAAAGUCACAAAAAUGCGCCGUGACGCCCGGCUCAAUGUCGCCGAGAGCGCUAACCCUAUUGACGCCGACUCGGACGAGGAGGAAUCACUAAGACCACCCGCAAGCAGCAACCCACUCACUAAUAAUGACGCUAAUAGCAUUAAUAAAAAUUAUACCAACCCGAGCCUAACUACUCGCCUUGGCCUCUCUCUCAACACAUCCCCAACCAACAAGGACAGCAUAUAUACCCCCACAAACACCAACGUUCCCACAGACGAGAAUACCGUCCUAACCCAGAGCGGCAGCGGCGAAGACCGAGGGCGCAACUCCAUCCGCGCCAGGGUCAGUGGAACGACAGGCGCAUCUUCUUCCCUUGUGCCCGGCACAGCAGGACUCUCCGGCGCAGUUGCCGGGGACCCAUCCCUCCGCCCCCCGCUCCGAACCAGCGGUAGUGCCUUUGACGAAAAUGGUCCCAAUGCUAAUGACAUGCCACUGUCUUCGUCUUCGUCGUCGUUGGCAUCAUCAACGCGCGCACCGAUGCCGGGAGUACAACAACGGAGUUUGAGUUGGAAGGGAGGCAGAUCGAUUUCUCCGAGGCCGCCAGCACCGUCCCCGUCGAAGAUGCCGUCACCGGAGAAGAUGAGUCGAGAUUGAACGUUUCCCCUCCCCCUUUUUGGUUCCCUUUUAUUUUAUUUUGCCUAUUCCCCUUUUACCGUGCUUUCCAUACUUUUGCUUCCCCAUUUUUCUUUUUUCUUUUCUUUUUCUUUCUUUUCUUUCUUUUCUUUUCUUUUUCCUUUUUCUUUCUUUUCUUUUUUUCUUUUCUUUUUCUAUUUUUCUUUUUUUUGGAUAGCGUUGGGUUGAUUUCAGGGCUGUAAAUUUUGCCCUUGUUUUGUAUUCGUGAAAGUUAGGCCCUGAGUUGGUUUCUGGUACUUAAUUUUUUUUUGGUCUUCCUUUCCUUUGAUUCGGGUUGUUUAAGUUAGUUUGCUUUGCUUAGAGUUGGACAUUAAAGGGAUACAGAAGUGCGAUUCCAUUGAAAUUUGUCCACCUUUUUUUUUCGGGGAAUGGUUUUUAUUAGAGCACAGGGAUUUCGAAAUUCGGGGUUGGUGGAAGUUUUGUUUCUUCCUUAACUCCCCUUCCCCCAUAGUUACCAUCAUCAUCCUCACCUAACGUUUGUAGAAAGGAAGUAAACGGGAUAGACAGGGGAGGUAGAUAGAUGGAGGUGGUGUGACAAGCAGGUGGUUCUAUUUUGUUAUAGCCUGUUUUGCUUUACCUAUACACCAAUUAAGUAUAUGUAUGGAUUAUAUAUAUACUUCCUCCCUCUCCUUGCUUCUCUUUUCAUCUCUAGCCCCCCUCUCGGAACGUCAUAUAUAUAUCCCACUUCCUUCUAUCAACUAGCCUCACGCUAUCUCACCAGUCUAUAUAGCUAUACAAUCUCACAGCCUUUUUUUUUUCGGCUUUUGCCUUUUAAUCUGCGCGAUUUACAAGUUGGAUCUAACCUCCGGAUUCCAUUAUUCCCUCCCCAAUCAUCCAUCCACCGCUUCCUGAUUUCUAUAGAGUAAUAUAUAUCCAUCCCUAAUCACCGUAUGCUACCAUCACGCGCAAGGUUUAACCAGGUAGUCAAUUCAUUCAUAACAUACGCUGCGAAAACUGCCCGAGCCGUCAGCCAUCAUCCCCCUACCUCUCGGUAGCAGGAAAAACAAGUGUUAUAAGCUGAUAUAUAUGUGUUACCUACUACCCCCGAAAGAAA